CCAGCUGCAGCAUGCUCCUGCGUCUGCCCAUUUUGGCGGCGCGCUUUCUUCACAACGGAAGACUGCGCCUCCUCUUCGGCCUCCUCAUCCUGGUGCUCAUCGGUGGGCUUCUGUACAUCUACACCAGGGAAAAUGAGUUCUACCCGUGCUUCAUGGAAGGCCAGGGAAUGGCAACUCAGCAGUCGCCGGCCGAGGACGGGGAUACGAGUUUCCUAGAGGACGUGCUGCUGGCGGAGCCCAAACCCACGCCCGGCAGGAGCAUCUUCUUUCACGAGACCAGCUGCAAGCUGUCCCAAAACACCCAGCACGAGACGCUGAAGGUGACCGCCCGCCAGGCCUGCGCAAUCGAAUCGGCGGCAUUGCAUAAUCCGAAUUUCCAAGUGUUCGUCCUGUUCGCCGGCCCCACCGCUCGAAUCUCCGCCGGCGGACGCAACAGCAGCCAACCGCAGAGCUUGGUGGAGGCCAUCCUGAGCUACAGCAAUGUGCAUUUGCGGCGACUGAAUCUCGGGAGCUACGCCGCCGGCACGCCCAUGGAGGAGUGGCUCAAAGACGGCCGCUUGUCCACUUCGCAGUACUUGUUCUCGCACAUUUCGGAUUUCCUGCGCUACCUCACCCUCUAUCGCUACGGCGGUCUCUACCUGGACAUGGAUGUGGUGGUGCUGCGCAACAUGGAGAAGGUGCCGCCCAAUUACACAGGUGCCGAGUCCAAUACCCACUUGGCCGCCGGCGUGAUGAGCCUGGCAGCCACUGGCUUUGGCCACGAGAUUGCCGCCUCCUGUCUGCGCGACUUCCAGCACAACUUUGACGGCCGCGAUUGGGGCAACAAUGGGCCAGGAGUGAUAACACGAGUGGCGCAGCAGAUAUGUGGCACCAAGGACAUUGCUCUGAUGCAGGAGGAUCCCAAACGGUGCAUGGGAUUCAAGGUAUUCGGGCGUGGCGCCUUUUACGCAGUGCCCUGGAAACGGUGGCGUGAUUUCUUUGAGCCCGAAAAGCUGGAGGAGACAUUGGCCCGCUGCAAGGACUCGUAUGUCGUGCACGUGUGGAACAAGCACUCCAGCAAGCAGCUAAUCAAACAAGGUUCAAAGAGCGCCUACGCCAAGUAUGCCGAACAAAAUUGUCCGAGAUCCUAUAAGGCAGCUGGGGAAUAUUUCUAGUAUUAGUCAAGAAUUUUGUAUCUGAUUGUUUACCGCUGUAAGCCAAAGAUUGUGCCCUUCAAAGGGCACCAUUGUUAGGUGGCAUAGCUUUCUGUUUGCUUCUUAGGUGUCCGCAUUCCAAGCAAUAACAGAUAACUCAACGCACACAUCCCUAAGCUCAAGUUAAACAAA